CACGAGCCCGGACUGUUGGAGAUAUCUGCGAGGAGGAGGAGCUGUCAAAGUUUCCCAGAGAAGGAAAGAAGUGUGUUUUACUUUAACGACAAAAGAAAAGCCUACACAUUGUUUGAGUUUUGAGAAAGCGGAAUAUCGCGUGUGGUUAACAUGGAAUGACACCUUCUCACGCGGAGCUUCAAAAACACGAUGGCAGCCCGUUUGGUGAAGUGGAUCUGUCUCACCUCUGCGCUGUGUCUGGGCUGCUGUGCUCUGGCGGAAAAGAAAGUAUGCCAAGGCAUCACCAACCGAUUAAAUCUCCUGGGUUCAAGAGAUGACCACUAUCUGAACAUGGUGAGGACCUACAGCAACUGCACAGUGGUUCUGGAAAACCUGGAGAUCACCUAUAUGGAUGAGCACCGCGACCUGUCCUUCCUCAGGUCUAUUGAAGAAGUUGGGGGCUACGUUCUGAUCGCUCUCAACACAGCGUCAAGGAUUGCUCUGGACAAUCUGCGCAUCAUUCGAGGUCAUUCACUCUAUGAGGGAGAGUUUGGCCUCGCGAUUAUAGCCAAUCAAAACAAAACUACAGGUCAGGGCACCAAUGAGCUCAUUCUGAAGAGCCUGACAGAAAUUCUUAAAGGAGGUAUAAAGUUUGGGCCUGGCCGCCUAUGUAAUGUGGAAACAAUACAGUGGAAUGAUAUCGUCAAUGCUGACAACAAACCUGUUAUGGAGCUUCCAUUGGCCAGCAACAACCCACGCUGUAAAAAAUGUGACUCAAGCUGCAACAAUGGUUCAUGCUGGGCCCCUGGGCCUCAAAACUGUCAGACCUUAACAAAGCUGAACUGUGCCCAGCAGUGCUCUAAAAGAUGCAAAGGAAUUUCACCCAGCGACUGCUGUAAUGAGCACUGUGCUGCAGGCUGCACAGGACCAAGGCCAACUGACUGUCUGGCCUGUCGGGAUUUCCAGGAUGAUGGGGUGUGUAAGGACUCCUGCCCAGGCCUCAUGCGCUACGACCCCAACCUGCACCAGCUGGUACCCAACCCACAUGGGAAGUACAACUUCGGGGCCACCUGUGUUAAGAGCUGCCCACAUAACUAUGUAGUGACUGAUCACGGAGCGUGUGUGCGGACGUGCAGCGGUAACACCUACGAGGUGGACGAGGGGGGAAUAAGGAAGUGUGCCAAGUGUGAAGGACUGUGCCCAAAAGUUUGUAAUGGACUUGGAACAGGGAACAUGACUCGCAUCCUGUCCAUCAAUGCCACCAACAUCGACUCCUUUAAAAACUGCACCAAAAUUAAUGGGAAUAUCGGCAUCAUGCACACAUCAAUUUAUGGUGAUAAAUACACCAAAACACCAAAGAUGGUUCCUUCCCAGCUUGAUGUGUUUAAGACAGUAAAAGAAAUUACUGGAUACUUGUGGAUUCAAACGUGGCCGGAGAACCUGACCUCGCUCAGUCCUUUUGAGAAUCUGGAGAUCAUUCGGGGGCGGACUAAACGUGGGAGCCGCAGCGUGGUGAUUACUCAUCUCAAUAUCCAGAGCCUUGGUCUUCGCUCCCUCAAAGAAAUUAGCGAUGGGGAUGUGGUCAUCAUUAAGAACCAGAACCUGUGUUACACCAAUAAAAGCCACUGGAAGAGGCUCUUUAAAUCAGAGAGCCAAACUGUAACCAUAGAGGAAAGUGCUGAUCCUGCUACAUGUGCUCAAAGGAAUAACACUUGUGACAGAAAGUGUACGGAGGACGGCUGCUGGGGCCCCGGCCCCGACAUGUGUGUUGCCUGCCGUGACUUCACCCGUGAAGGGAGCUGUGUUGACUCCUGCAACAUCCUGGAGGGAGAGCCGCGGGAGGCCGUCCUGAAUAAAACCUGCAUGGAGUGUCACCCUGAGUGUCAUCGCAUGAACGGGACUGCGACCUGUAGUGCGCCUGGUUCUGGAAACUGUACGAAGUGUGCCAACUUCCAGGAUGGACUGUUCUGUGUGUCUCGCUGUCCACAAGGCGUGCCAGGAGAGGAUGACACACUGGUGUGGAAAUACGCAGAUGAGAUGAAAGUGUGCAAGCUCUGCCACAAAAACUGCACCCAAGGUUGCAUUGGGGCUGGUCCUGAAGGCUGCAAGGGCAGAAGCACUUCCGGUGUCUCCAUGAUUGCGGCUGGUGUGGUUGGUGGACUGCUGGCUGUUCUUCUUGCGGGCCUGUCUGUCUUUGUGCUGCUACGCCGCCGCCACAUCAAGAGGAAGAGAACCAUGCGCAGGCUCCUCCAAGAGAGAGAGUUGGUUGAACCUUUGACUCCGAGUGGAGAGGCCCCAAACCAGGCUUUGCUGCGGAUCCUGAAGGAACCUGAGUUUAAGAAAAUCAAAGUGCUGGGAUCAGGAGCUUUUGGUACAGUAUACAAGGGCCUGUGGGUUCCAGAGGGAGAGGAUGUGAAGAUCCCUGUGGCCAUCAAGGUUUUGAGAGAGGCCACAUCACCGAAAGCAAACAAAGAGAUUUUGGAUGAGGCUUAUGUGAUGGCCACCGUUGAACACCCCCACGUGUGUCGUCUGCUCGGCAUCUGCCUGACUUCCACUGUGCAGCUCGUCACCCAGCUGAUGCCCUACGGCUGCCUGCUGGACUACGUCAAAGAGAACAAGGACAAUAUCGGCUCCCAGUACCUGCUCAACUGGUGUGUGCAGAUAGCCAAGGGUAUGAACUAUCUGGAGGAGCGGCACUUGGUGCACCGUGACCUGGCAGCAAGAAACGUCCUGGUGAAGACUCCUCAGCAUGUGAAAAUCACAGACUUUGGUCUGGCUAAACUCCUCAAUGCAGAUGAGAAAGAGUACCAUGCAGAUGGUGGAAAGGUGCCGAUAAAAUGGAUGGCUCUUGAAUCCAUCCUGAACAGAACAUACACACACCAGAGUGACGUAUGGAGUUACGGAGUAACUGUUUGGGAGCUGAUGACAUUUGGGACCAAACCGUACGACGGGAUUCCAGCCAGUGAAAUAGCCGGGGUCCUGGAGAAAGGGGAGCGACUUCCUCAGCCACCAAUCUGUACCAUAGACGUGUACAUGAUCAUGGUGAAAUGUUGGAUGAUUGAUGCAGACAGUCGGCCGCGUUUCCGGGAGCUGAUAGCCGAGUUUACAAAGAUGGCUCGGGAUCCUUCUCGUUAUCUGGUCAUUCAGGGGGAUGACCGCAUGCACCUGCCGAGUCCUGCGGACCCAAAACUGUAUCGCAGCCUGAUCAGCGGGGAGGACAUGGAGGACGCUGUGGACGCAGACGAGUACCUGCUGCCGCAACAUGGCUUCUUCAGCAGCCCAAGCACAUCUGUCACCCCCCUGCUUCACUCCACAAGCCUCAACAGCAGCAUUGGAAGGUGUCAGAGCAGAAAUGGCUUAUUGAAUGCAUUUCCGAGCAGAGAUGGAAGCAUGGUUCUCCGGUACAUUCCUGACCCCACGGACAAAAACUUAGAUGACGCUUUCCUGCCAGCUCCAGACUACAUGAACCAGAACGGUGUCUCGGAUAUGAUGAAUCCCAUCUACCAGCACCCCGGUCCGCCUCGCACCAUCCUCCCCACCAUCUCUUCAGACGACGCAGAAUCAGAGUACCUGAACUGCUUUAAAACCGGGGACAAGGGACCCGAGUACCUCAACCAGAUCCCAUCCCCUGCCACCCUCCCACACACAUCCAAUGGAACGGUCCACAGCGUUCAGAAAUAUCAGCCUCAGAACAGCAUAGACAACCCUGAUUAUCAACAAGACUUUACUCCCACCUUUAAGACACACACCAACGGACACAUCCCGGCAGCAGAGAACGCAGAGUACUUGGGACCGGACUGAGGACCGAGUGGACAAAUAUAAGAGACUUCUUCUUGUUCCAAUAAGAAAGGGCAUUGAGGUCUUGACUGGAAGGGCAUAGCAAAGUGGCACCAUCAGUUAUCAAAUAUGUUGUAUUCUUCCUUUCAGAGACAUGUGACACUUUGUGCAGCUUUUUUUUGGUAGUUUGCAUGCACUCAGACUUGUCACAUAAAACCCCCUCCUCUCAUUCCAAAGAUUUGUUUUUAUCUCAUCAGUUAACCACAAAUGACUCUUUAUGAAUAAAAGCUGGAUGAAAGCCGACUUCUAAAUGACUCAGUUGACCUGAGACUUUCUGGGCCAGAUACACUACAUCUACAUAUUGUAACUUCUGUCAAGAAGUGAAAGUCUCUCCUGAAAAAUGAGGUUUUCAAAAGCGGAAAGAACAGAAACUGGCAGCUCAACCCAAAAACAAAACAAAAAAAAAACGCCACAAAGGUACAUGUGUUGUAACAUCACAAGUUAGACACACAAUCAAUCAAAAGUCAUCCAUGAAUACAAACACUCAGAAGCUUUCACUGUGAUGAAGUCAAGAUGAUUAAAGGGAGCUUUUAAAGAGAAUAAUGCUGACUGUUUUGGGUCCUCAGAGGCCUGACGACGCUCAUCUUAAAGGAUGAGUCAAUGAGGAAACAAAAUGUUGCAAUGUAUAGAAUGUACAGUCAGUUUAACGGGAAAUAUUGUCUUAUUGUAAGGAUUAAAUAUGUUACCUUAAUGCUCUAAGACAGUUCUAUGUGUACUACAUACGUGUCUGUUUCUCUGAGAAAGAAACAGGAGAGUUUACUGUUUGACCCGAUCUGUGAUGUAACAUUAACCGCAUAGAGAAUGUAAUGAUACAAAUAGCAGAGGUGAUGAGGUAGUAUUCACAGUCCUGAAAGUCUAAGCUUGUUAGCACUAUGGCAUUAAAGUUGGUGUAUCCAGGAAGCAUUUGUAAUGAUCACCUCCCAAUUUCAGCAUCUCUUGUAACAAUCUGACUGCACUCAGAUUAUUUUUUAUGAAAAACCACAUUGACUUGAUAGAAUCACCAGAAAACUGUAAAGCAGUUAAAACCAAGACUUCCCAAUGUAUUUGAAUUCCUGUUUCACUAUCUUAUGUUGUUUUAUCCUUUGUUUGAAUAUGCUGGAUGAACUGUCCUAGGUCAUGUGAGUAACUUGUUUGAAUUUUAGAUUAGAGGAAUUCCCUGUAGAUAUGAGUUUUAUUUGAAUGUCUAUAUGUCAGGUCAGAAACUAAGACUGUUUCUGAGGUUUCGGCUCUAAAUGUGUCUAUAUUGUUUGUGACUUUAUAUUUGUUAGAGACUUUACCUUGUCUGAUUUUUUUUUUUAAACUAAAGUGUAGACUAUUGUUUCCACGCAGGGUGUUGACACCAUGUCUAUGAAAAGGCUUCUAGCUUUAAAGUCUUGUAGUCGUGCAAGAGCAUUAACAUUAUUCCUAGUUUUAAAGGAAUAUACUAUUGUAGCAACCAUUAAACCUACUUUUGCAGAUUUUACACAGGUACAUGUACAGAAAACAUUCAUGAUACUGUAAUAUACCCUAAAAUAAUUGUGUAUAAUUUAUACUCAGUACACAGUUUUUGUCACAUUAUAUGUGAAUAUGCACUUAUUCCUGAUUUGUGAAUAUUUCAUUCAGACGUGAACAUUAAUAAAUCUUUUUUUUUUUCUA